GCGGCGCCGGACGGGCUGCGCGGCUGACGCCGUGCGGAUUUCGCUGCAGGGACGCGGUGACAGAGAUUUGCGGGUCGCGUUCUGUCUCCCUCCGAUACAACGUUGCCGCGUUUGUACUCGGUGACGGGCGUGGAGAUUAUUGGUGGGGACGAGACUUUCGGAGCGAAUACCCUACUCCAAAGAGGGAUGAGCACCCUUAGAUGGUUGUAACUGUGGAGUCCAGCUAUCCUUUCCCAAGAAGAAAUCUAUUAGUUUUAGACUGGGGAAUUCCUUUACGUAAACAAUUAGAAUGAAAGAACCUUUGGAUGGUGAAUGUGGCAAGGCAAUGGCACCACAGCAGGGGCUUCUGGACAAAAUUAAAGAAGAACCUGACAAUGCUCAAGAGUAUGGACAUGCCCCAAAGCCAAAAACUCAAGAAAGUGAACUGAAAAUUAGUGCUGUGUUUUCAGUCAGUGACAGUCCUCUUGCCCAACAGUUGACUCCAGGCUUUCAGUUUUCUCUUGCGUCAUCUGGCCCAAAUGUAUUGCUUCCUUCGGCUCCAGCCGUAGCUAUUCAGGUUUUUUGUUCUGGUUGUAAAAAAAUGCUUUAUAAAGGGCAAACUGCAUAUCAUAAGACGGGAUCUACUCAGCUCUUUUGCUCCACGCGGUGCAUCACUGGAUAUCCUUCACCUGUCUGCGUACCAACUCCUCCCAGGAAAACCUGCACAAACUGCUCAAAAGACAUUUUAAAUCCAAAGGAUGUGAUCACGACCCGUUUUGAAAAUUCUAGCAAAGAUUUCUGCAGCCAAUCAUGCCUUUCUUCUUAUGAGCUAAAGAAGAAGCCUGUUGUUACCAUAUAUACUAACAGCAUUUCAACCAAGUGCAGCAUGUGUCAGAAGAAUGCUGAUAUCCGAUUUGAAGUUAAAUAUCAAAAUGUGGUACAUGGUCUUUGUAGUGAUGCCUGUUUCUCAAAAUUUCACUCCGCCAACAACCUCACCAUGAACUGUUGUGAGAACUGUGGGGGCUACUGCUACAGCAGCUCUGGACCUUGCCGGUCCCAGAAGGUGUUUAGUUCAACAAGCGUCACAGCAUAUAAGCAGAAUUCAGCCCAAACUCCUCCAUACGCCUUGGGGAAAUCAUUGAGGCCUUCAGCAGAAAUGAUUGAGACUACCAAUGACUCAGGAAAAACCGAACUUUUCUGCUCUAUUAAUUGCUUAUCUGCUUAUAGAGUUAAGACAGUUAUUUCUUCAGGUGUCCAGGUUUCAUGUCAUAGUUGUAAAACCUCAGCAAUCCCUCAGUAUCACCUAGCCAUGUCCAAUGGAACUAUCUAUAGCUUCUGCAGCUCCAGUUGUGUGGUGGCUUUCCAGAAUGUAUUUAACAAGCCAAAAGGAACAAACUCUUCAGCGGUGUCCCUGUCUCAGGGUCAAGUGGUUGUAAGCCCACCGGCUGGGUCAUCAGUAUCAGCUGGAGGAGGUAACACCUCUGCUGGUUCCCCUGCCUCCAUCAGUGGCUCUCCUGCAGCCAGUUUCCGGCCUCUUGCGGCCCCAUCCCAGCAAGUUGCUUUAACCCGGACACUUGUUAAACUCAAGUGUCAGCACUGUAACCAUCUGUUUGCCACAAAACCAGAACUUCUGUUCUACAAGGGUAGAAUGUUUCUUUUUUGUGGCAAGACUUGUUCUGAUGAAUACAAAAAGAAAAAUAAAGUUAUGGCAAUGUGUGAUUACUGUAAACUGCAGAAAAUUAUAAAGGAGACUGUCCGAUUCUCAGGGGUUGAUAAGCCAUUCUGUAGUGAAGUUUGCAAAUUCCUCUCUGCCCGUGACUUUGGAGAGCGCUGGGGGAAUUACUGUAAGAUGUGCAGUUACUGCUCACAGACAUCCCCUAAUUUGGUAGAAAAUCGAUUGGAAGGAAAGCUAGAAGAGUUCUGUUGUGAAGAUUGCAUGUCCAAAUUUACAGUUUUGUUUUAUCAGAUGGCCAAGUGUGAUGGCUGUAAACGACAGGGUAAGCUAAGUGAGUCCAUAAAAUGGCGAGGAAACAUCAAACAUUUCUGUAACUUAUUUUGUGUCUUGGAGUUUUGUCAUCGACAAAUUAUGAAUGACCCUCUUUCACAAAAUAAAGUAAAUAUUUAUAAGGCGCAAACUACUUCAACGGAGCUCCCUUCUACAAGGAAAAAUACAACACCAGUUAUAACCAGUGUGGUGUCAUUGGCAAAAAUACCUCCUGCCCAGCCCACAGGGAACACUAAUAGUGUUUUAAAAGGUGCAGUUAGUAAAGAGGCAACACAAAAAGUCAUUGAAGAUGGAAGCACACAGAUAGAUGCCACAAAACUUCUAUCUUCCCAGUCUUCCAAGCUUUUAAAGAACAAAGCAGUAUUGUGCAAGCCUGUCACACAGACCAAGGCCACCUCUUGCAAACCACAUACACAACACAAGGAAUGUCAGACAGAUUUACCUAUGCCUAAUGAGAAAAAUGAUGCGGAACUUGAUUCUCCACCUGCAAAGAAAAAAAGAAUAGGUUUUUUCCAGACUUAUGAUGCGGAAUAUUUAAAAGUUGGUUUUAUUAUCUGUCCAGGAUCAAAAGAAAGUUCACCAAGGCCACAAUGUGUCAUUUGUGGAGAAAUCUUAUCCACUGAAAACAUGAAGCCAGCAAAUCUUUCUCAUCAUCUGAAGACAAAACAUUCAGAAUUAGAAAACAAACCAGUAGAUUUUUUUGAACAAAAAUCUCUUGAAAUGGAAUGUCAGAAUAGUUCUUUAAAAAAGUGUUUACUAGUUGAAAAGUCACUUGUGAAAGCUUCUUAUUUAAUUGCUUUCCAAAUUGCUGCCAGCAAGAAGCCAUUCUCCAUUGCCGAAGAAUUAAUUAAACCAUAUUUAGUGGAAAUGUGUUCAGAAGUUUUGGGUUCAAGUGCUGGAGACAAAAUGAAAACCAUUCCUCUUUCUAAUAACACGAUUGGACACAGGAUUGAUGAGUUGUCUGCAGACAUUGAAGAUCAGCUGAUUCAAAAAGUCAGAAAGUCAAAGUGGUUUGCCCUUCAGGUAGAUGAAUCAUCAGAAAUCUCAAAUAUCACCCUUCUUUUGUGCUAUAUUCGUUUCAUUGAUUAUGAUUGCAGUGAUAUAAAAGAAGAAUUACUAUGUUGCAUUGAAAUGCCUUCUCAAAUAACUGGUUUUGAAAUAUUUGAACUAAUAAAUAAAUAUAUUGAUAGUAAGUCUCUGAAUUGGAAACACUGUGUUGGUCUCUGUACAGAUGGGGCUGCAAGCAUGACUGGCAGGUGUUCUGGUUUAAGGGCAAAAAUUCAAGAAAUCGCCACGAAUACAGUGGCAUUUACACACUGUUUUAUUCACCGUGAGCAUUUAGCAGCAGAAAAGUUGUCUCCAUGCUUACAUAAAAUUCUUUUGCAGUCAGCACAAAUUUUAAGUUUUAUAAAGAGCAAUGCAUCAAAUUCACGAAUGUUAACGAUUUUGUGUGAAGAAAUGGGGCCUGAGCAUGUGAAUCUACCCCUUCAUGCUGAAGUACGUUGGAUUUCGAGAGGGAGAAUUUUAACAAGAUUAUUUGAAUUACGACAUGAAAUUGAAAUUUUUUUAAACCAGAAGCAUUCAGAUUUGGCCAAGUAUUUUCUUGAUGAGGAAUGGGUUGCAAAGCUGGCCUAUUUAUCAGAUAUUUUUUCACUUAUAAAUGAACUCAACUUAAGUCUCCGAGGAACUAUGACUACCCUCUUCAAUUUGUAUAAUAAAAUGGAUAUACUUAAGGAAAAGUUAAAAAUGUGGUUGAAGCGCACACAAGAGAAUGAUUAUGACAUGUUCCCUUCAUUUUCCGAAUUCGUAAACUCAUCAGACUUAAAUAUGAGAGGCAUUGCAAGCAUUAUUUUUGAGCACCUGGAAGGACUUUGUCAAAUGUUCAAUGACUGUUACCCACCAGAAGAAGACUUGCGUUCAGGAAAUUUGUGGAUAAUUAAUCCUUUUAUGAAUCCCAAAGAUAGUAAUCUCAUGGACUUCGAAGAAGAAAAACUAGUACAGCUAUCUUCAGAUUUGGAAUUACAGUCAGUAUUUAAAUCAAUGUCUGUGACUCAGUUUUGGAUAAAUGUAAAGACAAAUUACCCAGAACUCCAUGAAAAGGCAAUGAAGUUUUUAUUGCCCUUUUCAACUGUUUAUUUAUGUGAUGCUACAUUUUCCGCUUUGACUGAGUCAAGACAAAGAAAUCUGUUGGUUUCUGGUCCUGCUCUAAGACUUGCAGUCACAUCUUUAAUUCCAAGGAUAGAAAAAUUAGUAAAGGAGAAAGAAUAGUAAGAUGGGUAUUGCUAAUGAUCAAAGUCUAUAAUUUUGUGUUAAAUUUUGUAUAAAUAUCCUAAAAUAUAAUUUCCUAAUGUGGAUAUGUGUUUUCAGUGAUUAUAUGUUUUAAUAAUUUUUCUUUUUGUUGAGGAAUAAUUGUGCAUUUAUACCUAGUUAUAUAUUAUAAUUUUAAUAGUCCAAGGCAGAGAAUUUAGCUAUUUGAUUGAUUGAUUGGAUCAUCUGGAUUAGGGACAAAAAUGGUCACAAAAAGCCUGUUUGUAAUGUAUCAGCACACCUGGAUGUUAAUCUCCUUGGCCUUUAGAAGCACAUGGGACAUUGCAGUCUUCAGCCAGGCAGCCACCCACCCCAGCAGGUUGUGGGUAGGUAGAAAACAAAGAUCUAAGCAGCUUGGCUGAUCAGAAAUAGAAGCUGCAGGAGAGUAGGGGUUUCUGUGGCGCUCUAGACCAGGGCUUGGCAAACUUUUCCCAUAAAAGGCCAGAUAGUGAAUACUUUAGGUUUGGCAGGCCAUGUGGUGGCAACUAGUCAAUUUUGGGUUUGCAGCACAAAAGCAGCUGUAGGCAAUACACAGACAAAUGAGUGUGGCUGUGUUUCAAUAAAACUUUAUGAACAUUGAA